AUGUCUCACCCCGACAGACCCGUGAAAAAGCAUGGAUGGGGGUCCUCAUCAGUUCUGUUAAAUGCCCUGCAUCAACAUGAGCUGCAAGCAUACCUUACUGAACUCAAGUCGUGUUUCCCAAGUACACGAAGUGCUAAGACAGUUCCUACAUUGACUUCUUGGGUUGUGAAACCAGACUGCUCAUGUCCUGUGCUCGUAAAAGAUAUUCCAUUUUGUAAUAAGACCUCCUCGACGCACUACCAUACACCCGCAAAUGUACGCGUAUCCAGUCGUCCUGCGAACGAUUACAAUGUCACGACUCGCAGAUACGACCACAUUUAUUACCCAAACACUUUCAUUGAGCUUCCUGAACUGUUCUAUCGCGGUUACGUCAAUGAGGAUAACAACGUGAGGGUCGUUUUUAUGUCAUAUGCGACCCUGCACAGCGUCACUAACACUAUACCGCACGACCCUAAACAGGCUUCCCCCGACAACUUUCCAGCUAAAGGUCAGGUCAACAGCGGAAUUAUCAAUGCCAUUGUUGGACAAAAGGGACUCUGGCGCGCAGGCGACGGCGAGACAACAAAAGUGAAAUUCGGCCACGUGUACAAAGGCGAUGGGUUCCUCCUCGCCAACCCCAGCUGUGUGUGGUGGGACGAGGCAGCCUACGCCUGGAACACGAGUGGGUGCGCCCUCAAUUACACGGACGCCCACGUAACGAUCUGUCGCUGCAACCACCUGACGUCCCUCGCUCUCCUGAUGGACGUUCGUGGAUUCUUGGCGAAGGAAGGAGUGAGAGAGAACCCCGCCUACCUCGCCGGCAAAUGGCUAACCCUCCUUGGCUGCAGCGCCUCCGCCAUCUGUCUCGUCCUUUGCAUCUGCAGCUGCUCGUGA